GAUAUGGUACUGAUCGACAAGAGUAAGUAGAACGUGGCACACAAGUCAAGUCGAUCAUGAGUUCUCUUAUAAGCAAGCAAAGGAAGGCCUUCCUCGGCCAGGCAGCCCCUGUAGGCUAUGUACCAGGUCUUGGAAGAGGAGCCACUGGGUUUACUACUCGAUCAGAUAUUGGUCCUGCCAGAGAAUCUAGUGAUAUAUCUGAUGAGCGUCACCCCCGGCCAGGGACCAAGCGACCAAGAGAUGAGGACGAAGAGGAGGAUCUCAAUGACAUCAACUUUGAUGAGUUCACUGGCUAUGGGGGGAGCCUGUUUGCGUCUGCACCGUACGAAGCGGACGAUCGAGAGGCCGAUCAGAUUUACGACACUAUUGACAAUCGUAUGGACAGUCGACGAAGGAUAAGACGAGAUAAGAAGUUUCAAGAGGAUAUUGAGAAGUAUCGGGCGGAGAGACCGAAGAUUCAACAGCAGUUCUCAGACCUCAAGCGAGCGCUGGUAGAUGUGUCUGAUGAUGAUUGGAAUAACAUCCCAGAGGUGGGUGAUGCUCGUAACAAGAAGCAGAGGAACGCCCAUAUUCGUCCGGACCGCUACACACCCAUCCCCGACUCUGUUCUCCAUGGCGCCAUGUCACAGGGGAUCAGCCACAACUCGCUGGACACAAGGCAACAGAAUCUGGGUGGUUUCUCUACUCCAUACGGUGGAGGGAUGUCUGGCCUACCUGGCACAAUGACGCCAGGAUUCGCCACUUCCACUAAGAUCGAUCUCAACCAGAUUGGAGAGGCCAGAAACUCCAUUCUAGGAAUCAAACUAGAUCAGGUCUCAGAUUCUGUGUCUGGGCAAACGGUGGUUGACCCUAAAGGCUACCUCACUGACCUAAACAGUAUAACACCGCACACCUCUGGGGACAUAAAUGAUGUGAAGAAAGCUAGGCUACUGCUCAAGUCUGUCAUCACGACCAACCCAAAACAUGCUCCAGGUUGGAUAGCAGCUGCUCGUCUGGAGGAGGUGACUGGGAGGAUGCAGACAGCACGCAACACCAUCAUGAAGGGCUGUGAGGUGUGCCCCAAGAAUGAGGACGUCUGGUUGGAGGCUGUUAGACUGCAGCCCCCCGACCAAGCCAAGGCAGUGGUGGCUCAGGCUAUUCGCCAGAUCAGUCAUUCUGUGAAACUCUGGAUUAGGGCGGUUGAUCUGGAGACAGACACACCAGGAAAGAGAAGAGUCCUCAGGAAAGCCCUAGAGACAAUCCCCACGUCUGUUCGACUAUGGAAGGCAGCUGUGGAGUUGGAGGACAUUGAGGAUGCCAAGAUUCUCCUUGGUAGAGCAGUCGAGUGCUGCCCCCUCUCUGUCGAACUAUGGCUGGCUUUGGCUAAACUAGAGGACUAUGAAAAUGCUCGGAAGGUACUGAACAAGGCUCGUGAGUAUGUGCCCACAGACAGACACAUUUGGAUCAAUGCUGCCAAGUUAGAGGAGGCUCACGACAGGUUUGACAUGGUGCCCAAAAUCAUCGACAGAGCUGUGACGUCCUUGAAGGCUAACAUGGUGGAGAUCAACAGGGAGUUCUGGAUCACCGACGCUGAGGAAUGUGAGAAGUCUGGCUCUGUGCACACUGCCCAGGCCAUCAUCCGUAUAGUGAUAGGGGUAGGUGUGGAGGAGGAGGAUAGACUCGACCAGUGGAUCACUGACGCAGAUAGUUGCACUGCCCACGAAGCGUACGAAUGUGCCCGUGCCAUAUACGCCCACUCACUCACUGUCUUCCCCAAUAAGAAGGGCAUCUGGAUGAGGGCCGCCUACUUUGAGAAGGACCACGGGACGAGGGAGACUCUAGAGACACUGCUACAGAAGGCCGUGGCUCACUGUCCAAAAGCAGAGGUCCUCUGGCUCAUGGGAGCCAAGUCCAAAUGGCUCGCUGGGGAUGUUCCUGCUGCCCGGUCCAUCCUAGCCCUGGCCUUCAAAGCCAACCCCAACAGUGAGGAAAUCUGGUUGGCUGCUGUUAAGUUGGAGAGUGAGAAUGGAGAAUACGAGAGAGCCAGACUACUGCUGGAGAAGGCACGAGCGAGUGCUGGUACUGCACGGGUCAUGAUGAAGUCUACCAAGCUGGAGUGGGUGCUCAAAGACAUCAAGAAAGCUGUCAAACUACUGGAAGAGGCUUUGGAGGUCCAUCCUGACUUCCCUAAGCUGUGGAUGAUGAGAGGUCAGAUAGAGGAGCAGCAGGGAAACACCGACGCUGCUAGGGAAAUCUACAAUAGAGCUUUGAAGAAGGUUCCUCAGGACAUCUCCCUGUGGCUGCUAUUAGCUCGCCUGGAGGAAAACUGUGGGCAUUUGACAAAGGCAAGGUCAGUACUUGAGAAGGGCCGCAUCAAGAUCCCUCAAUGCCCCGAGCUGUGGCUAGAGGCUGUUCGGAUUGAAGCUAGAGGAGGCAAAAAGAAUAUUGCACUCGCUAACAUGGCUAAGGCCAUUCAAGAGUGCCCUACUUCUGGAAUUUUGUGGGCAGAGUCUAUUUUCCUUGUGCCAAACCCACAGAGGAAGACAAAGAGUGUGGACGCGCUCAAGAAGUGUGAGCAUGACUCUCAUGUGCUGCUGGCUGUGGCAAAAUUGUUUUGGUCUGAGCGCAAGGUGAAGAAAGCUCGAGAGUGGUUUCAGAGAGCUGUCAAGAUUGAUCCUGAUCUGGGUGACACUUGGGCAAACUUCUAUAAGUUUGAGCUCAUUCAUGGAACAGAGGCCCAACAAGAGCAAGUGCUGAAGAAGUGUGUGCAGACAGAGCCCCGCCACGGUGAGCUGUGGUGCAGUGUCUCUAAGGACACUACUAAUUGGCAGAAGCACACUGAGCAACUGCUCCCUCUGGCAGCCAAGAUCGUCGUGGUGCCUAACUAACUCCUAAACAUUAACUCUAUCUUUGUGAUACUCUUCCCUGUGAACAAUCAUUUAUGUACUACUUUAGUUGAUUACCAUUUUCCAUCAAUGAUAAUUGCUGUAUGAA